CCCCCACGCUGUGAAAUGAUUAGACCCUUAUGGACUCUCAAAAGUCGAACACUUUCAGCCCAAUCUCACAUAGUAAAAGCACCCACUUUUCUCGUUAACCCGUUCCAAGAACAGAAGAAAAGUGAAAGCUCACUCCUCCUAUUGAUCUUCACUCUUCGUACUUCCCACAAAAAUUUAACUACUGUAACGAAAACUGUUCAUUGUUCGUCGUACGAGGAUUAGUACAGUGUUUUUUUGGGAACAAAAUGCAAGAUCCGAAUUCCAAGCAUUUUCCAGGGCCAAUGAGGCCGGCCCACCACCGGAGAGCACGUUCGGAGAUGAACUUCCGGCUUCCGGAGGACCUGGAUCUUGGGUCGGACACGUUCGACCCGCCGGCUGGAAGUUUUGAGGAGAUGGGAUCGGAGGAGGACGAUUUAUUUUCUACCUACAUGAACAUAGAGAAACUCAGUGCUGGUGGUGGAUCUGGAAUGGGAGACAAUGUUUUCGGUAAUGCUGGCGGCUCUGAUGGUGGGGUGGCGGCGGAAGGCGGUGGUGAUGGGCAGAAGAGUAAUGGUGGCGUAGCUAGGCCUAGGCACAGGCAUAGUAAUUCGAUGGAUUCGAGUCUUCUUUUUGGUGAGAGCAGUAUUGAAACUAAGAAAGCAAUGGCUCCUGAUAAGCUUGCUGAGUUAUGGAAUAUUGAUCCUAAACGUGCCAAAAGGAUAUUGGCCAAUCGACAAUCUGCUGCUCGGUCAAAAGAAAGAAAGGCCCGUUAUAUGUCUGAACUUGAGAGAAAAGUCCAGACCCUUCAAACUGAAGCAACCACUCUUUCUGCUCAAUUGACGCUGUUUCAAAGGGAUACAACGGGGCUGAGUAAUGAGAACACAGAGCUUCAUCUUCGGUUACAGGCCAUGGAGCAACAAGCUCAGUUACGUGAUGCACUAAACGAAGCAUUGAAGCAAGAAGUAGAAAGACUCAGAAUUGCAACAGGAGAAAUAUCAGCCCCAUCUGCAUAUGAUAUGGCAAUGCAGCAUAUUCAAUAUAACCAGUCCACAUUCUUUCCUUAUCAGCCUCAGUCCAGGCCAAAUGAUUCCCAGAAUGUUCAGAUGCCGCAGUUUCAUCCUCUUCACGCUGGCAUGUCAACUACUCGUCACCCUAUGCUUUCUGCCGCUCGUACACAGGGUAUUUCUGAUGCAUUUCAGCAGGAUCCUCUCGGCCGUUUUCAGGGUCUCGACAUCGGCAGUCAUGGAUCCCAUUUUCAAAAAUCAGAAGGCCCUUCUGCUUCAGCAAGUGAAAGCACUAGUACAUUCUGAUUCAGGUCUUUUAUGAUUUGUGCAUUUUGCUCCAACUGGACCGACCCCAUUUGUUUGUUCAUAGACUGACCAUGUUUAACAUCCAAAAUCACCAAGUUUCCUCAUUUUUUUAUGUUUCUUUUUCAUGUAACCAGGUGUCUUAGGUUUUCAUUAGCAUUUUUAGGUUUGUUAUUAAUUGUUAUAUGUGUUGACAGUCGAUUAUUUCUUGUUUUACCCUUGAGAAAUUGUUACUUAGGCACGAUAUCACAUAUUGUGAUGGAAUUUGUCCCAUGGAUUGGGAUGGAGGUUAUCGUUGUGGUGUUGACAAUUUCACUUAUUGCGUGAAGCUUCUCGAACGCGGUAUAUUUUGUCGUUUAUCGAUCAAGGGGGAACUCGUUCUUCUAAUUCAUAAUGUCAUAGGAUGUAAUAAGAUGUGAACACCAUUUUAUCUUCAUUGACAGAAACUUUUAUGUUGUAAAAUAUCAGUAUUUUUAAUGUCAUUUCUCUCCGUGUUGAACA